GGUUGUACCUGCUCAGGCUGGCCAGACAGGAAGGCGAUGAUGACGAGGAUCGACGGCACCGGAUGAAGAGUGUGAACCCCAGGUACGUCCUGAGGAACUGGAUGGCUGAGUCGGCCACCAGGAAGGCAGAGACCAACGACUUUUCAGAGGUGGUGCUGUUACAUGAUGUUCUGGGGAACCCCUUCAUAGCGCAAGACUCUGCAGAGGAGACAGGCUAUGCAGCGCGGCCUCCGCUGUGGGGGCGGAGGUUAAAGAAAUAUGGAGAACUUGGAUAUUUUCAUCCGUUACUUCCCCAGGGUAGGCUGAGCAUCAGAGGCUCUGUGUCCGAAUCUCUCUGCUAGCUAGCAUGCUAAGUGCCCUAACAUGCAACGUAGCAUAGCAUCCACAGGGAAUAUGUGUGUACAUUUAAGGAGAAGAUGAAACGGUAAAUUCUUAAUUAAUUUGCGAAAUGGAUCUUUAUGUUGACUAUAUUGAUACCAAUCGCAUAAACAACAAAAAUAAAACUCACCAUCAAAUCAGCCUGCAGAUAUUAUUUUACACUUUACUACACCGUGUGAAUGUCUGUUUCUUGUGUCAUGAUGUGUUGAUUUCACCGCAGGAUUUUUGGCACCAGAUUCCUGUCCCAUUUCAUGUGUUCAUAUAUCCUGUACAAUGUCCUGUGUUCAUAUCAAAAUCUGCCAAUAAGCAGUCAAUUGACCAUGGAGACAGUAAGAAAGGCCUGAUUGCGUCUAAGGAAGACAUUUUAAUAAAAAAUUAUAGAUGUCUGAAGGUUUAUCCAGAGCACUCUGCAAUCUCAUGAAGC